UUCCUCGAGGUAUAUAUACUCAUGCACUGCAGGCAAAGGCACACUCCAGGGUCUGAGCAUCGAAAUAACUCAACAUGUUGCGUGGAAUCUUCGUGCUGGCGCUUGUGUUCGCGGCUGGAGUGUCCUACUCCGAACAGGCGAAGCUAGGAAAGAAGGUCGAGGACGAGCCAGCCAACGAGGAGGUCGCCGCAGACCAGCCGGUGGUUCUCUUUGAGGAAUCUGAGAGUAAGGACAGCGAAGGCUCCGCAUCCGCAAGGUCCAAGCGCUCUCUCCUCGGCUCCUACUCCUCGGGCCACAGUCACCACGGAUCCCACUCGGGGAGUUCGAGCUUCACCUCUCCGGUCACUGUCUCCGGAGGCAACGGGGCUUCCUUCUCCAGCUUCCAGGGAUUCGGGUCUUCGGGUAACGGGUUGGGCUCGUCGCUCGUAGGAUCCAACGGCGGCUCGUCUGGAUUCCAAGGCUUUGGAAGCUCCUUCGGCUCGGGACUCGGUUCGUCCCAAGGAUUCGGUGGCUCUUCUGGCGGCUUUGGAGCCUCAGGAUUCGGUGGCUCUUCCGGCGGCUUUGGAGCUUCAGGAUUCGGUGGUUCUUCUGGGGGCUUUGGACCCUCAGGCUUUGGUAGUUCCUCCGGCAGCUUUGGAGCCUCAGGGUUCGGCGGCUCAGUCCAACCAGGAAUCCUCGUGGGAUCAGGAAGACUGGUAGGUUUCAGUGGAGCUGGAAGUUCUUUGGGAUCCGGAUCAGUGGGCGUGGGUUCCUCCUUCAGUUCGGGCAGUUCCUUGGGCUCUGGCUCAGCAGGAUUCGGCUCAUUCCAGAACGGGAAUGGCGCAGGAUUCGGUUCCUCGUUCCAGAAUGGGAAUGGCGCAGUGUUCAGGUCUUCAUUCCAGAAUGGGAAUGGCGCAGGAUUCGGUUCCUCCUUCCAGAACGGGAAUGGCGCAGGAUUCGGGUCUUCAUUCCAAUCAGGAAAUGGCGCAGGAUUCGGGUCUUCUUUCAGUUCCGGAAGCUCCCUGGGAGGCUUCUCAGGCUUCUCAGGGUCCGGCCUGAGCUCCUCCAAUGGCGGGCUCGACGGCUCUUACCUUCCUCCCGUCUAAUCUAAAAUCAAUCUACGAAAUAUCUACGGAACGAUCAGACCAACCCACAGGACGCCGACUCCACGUCCUUGGAAAAAAAUAUCAUCCAUCUAAUGUAUAACUGACCCUCAGCACAUAAAAUUCUUUACAUCUCCUAA